GCACUUUAACCGAGAGUACCAGCGUAGAUUUCACGAUGGCGGAAGGCGGUGCUACCGAAGUUGAAGCCAGCGUUGGGCAUGCCUCGCCUCCUUUACCGGCAGUGUCUGGUCCUUGGCCAAAUACUAAAGAUUCCUACGUUCUCGGAGAUCUUUUGGGACAUGGAGCGACGGCGUUUGUACAGAAAGCUCUGUGUACGCCACGUAACGAGCAAUGUGCCAUCAAAAGAAUUAAUCUGGAGAAAUGUGACACUACCAUGGAAGAGUUGGCUAAAGAAAUCCAGUCUAUGGGUCAGUGUAAACAUGAGAACAUUGUGAGUUACUACACUUCAUUUGUGGCUAAGGAAGAACUAUGGUUGGUCAUGAAGCUACUAGCUGCAGGAUCUGUGUUAGACAUCAUGAAGCACGCUAUGAAGAAAUCCCCCACUAAAACUUGCCAUUUGGAUGAAGUCGUGAUUGCCACAAUCUUAAAGGAAACUCUUAAAGGUCUUGAAUAUCUGCAUGAAAAUGGACAAAUACACAGGGAUGUGAAAGCUGGUAACAUCUUACUAGGAGAUAAUGGUAUGGUACAAUUGGCUGAUUUUGGAGUCAGUUCUUGGAUUUCUACUGGUGGAGAUAUGUCAAGAGAUAAAGUUCGAAAUACUUUUGUCGGAACACCAUGCUGGAUGGCUCCAGAAGUUAUGGAACAGGUCAGAGGUUAUAAAUUCAAUGCUGAUAUCUGGAGCUUUGGAAUUACCGCGAUUGAGCUGGCGUCUGGUACCCCACCUUAUGCUAAGUAUCCACCUAUGAAGGUUCUGAUGAUGACUCUUCAGAAUGACCCACCUUCUCUAGAGAUGGCAUUUAACAACAAAGAUGACGUCAAGAAAUAUAGCAAAGAGUUUCGCAAAAUGAUCUCCAAAUGUUUACAGAAAGACCCAGACAAGAGACCAUCAGCAAGUGAGCUUCUGAAGAGUCCCUUCUUCAAGAAAGCCCGAGACAAUCAUUAUCUGAAAGAGAAACUCUUGGAUCAAGCACCAACGCUAGAUGACCGUGGACAAAAGGUAACUCGUGUACCAGGGUCCAGUGGUCGUCUUCAUCCUACAGAGGAUGGAUGGGAAUGGUCCGAUGAUGAACUAGAUGAGAAUUCCGAUGAGGGACGGAGAGCUAGCAUUGGACGCUCUCCUCGGAUUGCUAUGGAUAUGAAGAUGCAGCUGCAGAAAGAAAAAGCAGAUAAGUUGCCGGUUUCAAAAGAAGAAGCUAAGAAACCUGAGAUUGUGAAUUCCAACGUGUUAGCUCAGCCACCAGCUUCACCGUCAGCAGCUACUACUGAAGGGGAUCUGGAACCAGGACCUACACUUCAUAUGGUACUCAGGUUAAGGAAUGCCCAACAGGAACUGAAUGAUAUUCGCUUUGAUUACACUAAAAAUAAAGACAAUGCCGACAAUCUCGCUCGUGAGUUAGUUUCAGCUGGUCUUGUUGAUGGUCGAGAUCUUGUUAUUGUUGCUGCAAAUCUUCAAAAGACGGUAGAUAACCCAGAGCAUAAAAACGCCACGUUUAAAUUGAAUUCUGGUGAUAGUCCAGGGGAUGAGGAGCAUCUUAUAGGUUUCGCGAAGUUGUCAAUCAGCUAAGAUCAAGAAGUGUCGUCAAUAGGUGAUGUAUUCAUCAUAUCAUGAUCUUAAGGCGUUAAAUGAGAGCUGAUGUAACAGUAUAGUGUGGAAAAUGACACAGUUUUGACUCAUUACUUGAAGUCUGGUUGUCAAUCCAUAAAUCUUGGUUGGUAUACAUUUCAAUAUAACCAUGUAGAUAUACAGAGGACCAGGCUUACACUGCAGUGGAACAGGCCAGAAAAGACUGGUGCUUAUAAAAGAGAUUGAUUUAACGCACUGGCUGGUCAGGUUACUAGAUAUUAUUUCUGUUGUUGUGAAUUUGUGCACACUACAAGGACAGACAGAAGGUGUUGUUUUUCUUUUAACACAAACACAAUGUACAGAAAUUAAAAUCUUGUUACUUAAAAAAAGUUGCACACUGUUUGCAAAAAGUAUGUAAUGGACGUCCUUGCAAAUGGUUGUUUGUUAAACGAUCACUCUCUGAAAAAGUAUGUAAUGGACGUCCUUGCAAAUGGUUGUUUGUUAAACGAUCACUCUGUGAAAAAACCAAUAAGGUGUACAUUUAUUUAUCUUUUGAUAAGCCAGCUUUCCCGUGUAAAAUGGAAAUAUGUAUCCAGUAAAAACUCAUUUUAAAUAUCCAAAACUUGAACUGAAAGUAAAGACUUGAAGAAGUGACAAGUUAUCCUCGAAGGAACUGUCUUCUUUGUAAAACAUGAGCAGUUUAAAUGGAGCCAAUUAUCGCCUUUUCAUGCUCUGGACCUAGUUUUGUGAAUAAAGAGAUCAAACUAUUCCAUGUGCCAUAUUCAGGUGUCGCAAUUUGUUAGUACUUGAAAAGGAAACAAAUUGGUUGAAAAGGAAAAACAUCAUCACACCAAAUUGCACAUUUUAUUUAACAUCAGGUUCAAGGCUGAAAGUAACAAGAACUGUUUGGCGUGUAUACAUGUAUUUGCCUUCAGAAUUGUAGAUUGAGGAAAAAAAACCAGUCUUGUCGAUUGUAUGCAACUCUUGGUGUGUAUAAAUUGAGCAAGUUCUUAAAGCCAUUGGACACUUUCGGAACAGAAAAAAAAAUGUUCACAGAUUUACAAAUAACUUACAGGGUUUA